GACAGACAUCGGCUUCAUCAUGACACUCACAAAUUUCGAGGUAAAGUUUGUUUCUAUUCUCCAAGAACUUAUUCGGAGCGAUGAUCAUUCUUCUGCAAUAUUUUCUUUCUCGGCCGCCGUGACUGACUGUCAAGCUCUGAUGGAGGUAGAUGAUAGGCCCUCUCGGGGAGAGGGCUUUCGUCCUUACUACAUAACCAAAAUCGAAGAGCUGCAGCUGAUUGUUGCUGAUAAAAGUCAGAACCUUCGUCGUCUUCAGGCUCAACGUAAUGAGCUCAAUGCCAAAGUGCGAAUGCUCCGAGAGGAGCUCCAGCUCCUUCAAGAACAGGGUUCUUAUGUGGGAGAAGUUGUUAAACCUAUGGACAAGAAGAAAGUGCUUGUAAAAGUUCAUCCAGAAGGGAAAUUUGUUGUAGACUUGGACAAGAACAUAGACAUCAAUGAUGUGACUCCAAAUUCAAGAGUUGCUCUACGCAAUGAAAGCUAUACCCUGCAUAAAAUACUCCCAAACAAAGUUGACCCCCUAGUUUCCCUUAUGAUGGUUGAGAAAGUCCCUGACUCAACCUAUGAAAUGGUUGGUGGCCUGGAUAAACAGAUUAAGGAAAUCAAAGAAGUAAUUGAACUUCCUGUGAAACAUCCUGAAUUAUUUGAUGCUCUUGGUAUUGCCCAGCCCAAGGGUGUUCUUUUGUAUGGCCCUCCAGGCACAGGUAAAACACUUCUUGCUCGUGCAGUUGCCCAUCAUACAGAAUGCACCUUCAUCCGUGUAUCAGGCUCUGAACUCGUUCAAAAGUUCAUUGGAGAAGGCUCAAGGAUGGUGAGAGAACUUUUCGUCAUGGCAAGGGAACAUGCACCUUCAAUUAUUUUCAUGGAUGAAAUCGAUUCUAUUGGAUCAUCUCGAAUUGAAUCUGGCAGUGGUGGCGAUUCUGAAGUUCAACGUACUAUGCUUGAGCUUUUGAACCAGUUGGAUGGAUUUGAAGCUACCAAAAAUAUCAAGGUGAUCAUGGCCACAAAUCGUAUUGAUAUUCUUGAUCAAGCCCUGCUGCGACCUGGCCGUAUUGACCGUAAGAUUGAGUUCCCCCCACCAAAUGAAGAAGCCCGUCUUGACAUUCUGCGUAUUCACUCAAGGAAAAUGAACCUCACAAGAGGUAUAAAUCUACGCAAGAUAGCAGAACUUAUGCCUGGGGCGUCUGGAGCUGAAGUGAAGGGUGUGUGCACAGAAGCUGGUAUGUAUGCUUUGAGAGAAAGACGUGUCCAUGUAACCCAGGAGGACUUUGAAAUGGCUGUUGCAAAGGUCAUGCAGAAAGAUUCUGAGAAGAACAUGUCGAUCAAGAAGCUCUGGAAGUAGAAAUAAGUGGAAAGGUAAAACAACUUCUGAAUCCCUCUUAACUGUUCUGAUGUUGGUUGAGCCGAACAUGUGCAUAAAAAAUCUCUACACCUUG